CGUUGAUGGAUUAGAGCUGCGGUAUCUGACUCGCUCUUUUGUUUACCUUAGUUUUUCAUUUGUUCUCGCCCUCUAAGAGUCAAAUGGACCUCAAGGACAUCUGUCAAACCCAUGUGAAUAUGCAUUUAUAGCAUUUAUGUGACGUGUGACAACAGUAGAAUUGCCAGUCACUACAUUGGUGGAAGUUUGGAGCGGAACCAUGUUCACCACUACCCAGAUCUCCAAAACCCAGUUCCUGGAUAAAGCCAGGGUGGCAAGGGAGGAGAGAAAGGGCUAUAAGGAGAAAGAGAGAGCGGCCACUCAAAUUCAGGCUUUGGUCAGAAGAUUUAUCUGUCGUUGCAAGCUUCAAAGGGAAAUCAGACAAGAAGUUGAUGAUUUCUUUGCAGCCAUUGAUGCAGUUUCAGCAAAAAGAAAUGCAUUAUCUAUCUUCAAAAUUGCGAGAAAGUUAUUAUUCAUAUUGGGCAAAGAUGAUAAGUUGAGAUUUGAAAAGCUUUGUCGAACCAUACUAAGUAGCAUGGAGGUCGAGAAUGAACCAAAAGUGUGGUAUGUAUCGCUAGCCCUUUCAAAAGACCUCACCAUCCCCUGGCUCAAACAGAUCAAAGAUGUCCUCUGGGUCUCUUGCGAAUUCUUAAAGAAACUGAAGCCUGACAUACUGCAAGAUAAUAAAUUGGUGACUAUGUAUCUGACAAUGCUGAUAACCUUCACAGACACAUCCACAUGGAAAAUCCUUCGAGGGAAAGGCGAAGCCCUCAAGCCUGCCUUAAACAGGAUUUGUGAGAACAUCAUGGGAUAUCUCAAUCAGAAGGGCUUUUACUCUGUAUUACAGAUUCUGCUUACCAAUGGUCUGGCAAGAUCUCGACCUUCCCUUUCCAAAGGAACCCUCACAGCCAUUUUUACGCUGUCACUCAGGCCUGUUAUCGCUGCACAUUUCUCAGACAACCUGCUGAGGUCUUUUCUUCUCCACAUCAUGUCCGUUCCAGCUUUCAUCUCGCACCUUAACACACUCACUCCAGAUUGUAUGAUCACUAUCCAGACUCACGAUCUCUUCCGCAAGUUUGUCUUAUUUCUGAGCCGAGAGGAGCAGUGUUUGGAUAUCUGUGUCUGUCUGGAGGGAAGCCACACUCUCUGCUUACUUGGCAACCUCAUUCAGUUGGGAUAUUUUAAUGUAAAAGUCCUGGAGCAGGAAGCAAGUCACUUUGUCAAGGAUCUGAUAGAUAUGCUGUCAUACUGUCAGAGAUACGUCUUUCAGAAGAAAUCCAACCUCACCCACUGGCAUCCAGUUUUGGGCUGGUUUUCCCAGACUGUUGACUAUGGGCUUAAUGAGUCUAUGCCGCUGGUAACUAAGCAGUUACAGUGUUUAUGGGGCGUGCCUGUGAUCUGCACACUCUUCUGUGAUGUUCUCAGCAAAAAGCUGGAGACGCAAGAACCCACCCCACCACCCCUGCCUCAGGCAAACACGCUACAGAAUAACCUGCCCGUCAAAAAUCUGUUCAAGCGAGCGUUCCAGAAGUCAGCGUCUGUGAGGAACAUACUGAAACCAGUCGGAGGGAAGCGGGUCGACUCAGCCGAGGUCCAGAAGGUGUGCAGUAUAUGUGUGCUGUAUCAGACGGCACUCACCACUCUCACGCAGAUCCGCCUGCAGAUUCUCACAGGACUGACAUAUUUAGAUGAGCUGCUGCCCAAGCUGUGGGCCUUUAUCUGUGAGCUUGGGCCACAGGGUGGCCUCCGACUAUUUAUGGAGUGUCUCAGUAAUGACACAGAGGAGUCUAAACAGCUUCUGGCCAUGUUAAUGCUCUUCUGUGAUUGCUCCAGACAUCUCAUUACGAUUCUGGAUGACAUAGAGGUGUAUGAGGAACAGAUUUCAUUUAAAAUGGAAGAGCUUGUCACCAUCUCCUCUUUCCUCAACACAUUUGUGUUCAAGAUGAUCUGGGAUGGUAUUUUAGAAAAUGCUAAAGGGGAGAAGUUAGAUUUGUUUCAUAGCGUUCAUGGCUGGCUAAUGGUUCUGUACGAGCGAGACUGUCGCAGGAAAUUCACACCUGAAGAUCACUGGCUUCGCAAAGACCUGAAGCCUAGUCUUUUAUUUCAAGAGCUGGAGAAGGGCAAGAAGAGAGCACAGCUGCUACUUCAGUACAUUCCUCAUGUCAUCCCACAUAAAAAUAGGGUGCUGCUGUUCCGUAACAUUGUGACAAAAGAGAAAGAGACUUUAGGAUUGGUUGAGACAAGCUCCGCCUCACCACAUGUUACUCACAUAACUAUUCGUCGCUCGCGCAUGUUGGAGGAUGGUUAUGAUCAACUGCGGCGUCUGCCUGUGAACUCCAUUAAAGGAGUGAUUCGAGUGAAGUUUGUGAAUGAUUUAGGAGUGGACGAGGCUGGAAUCGAUCAGGAUGGUGUAUUCAAAGAGUUCUUAGAAGAGAUCAUCAAGAAGGUUUUCAACCCAGCGCUCAACCUAUUUAAGACCACCAGUGGGAAUGAGAGAUUAUACCCCUCCCCAACCUCCAGCAUCCACGAGAACCACCUUCAGCUGUAUGAAUUUGUUGGAAAGAUGCUGGGAAAGGCCAUGUAUGAAGGGAUCGUGGUAGACGUGCCGUUCGCCUCUUUUUUUCUCAGUCAGGUUCUGGGUCACCAUCACAGCACCUUCUAUAGCUCCAUAGAUGAGCUGCCCUCCCUCGACUCAGAGUUCUACAAGAACCUCACUUCCAUAAAGCGUUACGAUGGAGACGUCAGUGACCUGGGCCUAACUUUAUCUUAUGAUGAAGAGGUGAUGGGGCAGUUAGUCUGUCAUGAGCUCAUUCCUGGGGGAAAGACCAUGCCUGUCACUAAUGAAAACAAGAUCAGCUACAUCCACCUGAUGGCUCACUUCCGCAUGCACACCCAGAUCAAAGAGCAGACGGCAGCCUUUAUCAGAGGCUUCCGCAGCAUCAUCAACCACGAGUGGCUUCACAUGUUCUCCACCCCCGAGGUUCAGAGACUCAUCUCGGGAGACAAUGCUGAGAUAGACCUGGAUGAUCUCAAGAAACACACUGUUUACUAUGGAGGUUUCCAUAGCAGCCACCGAGUCAUUCUUUGGCUAUGGGACAUCCUCUCCAGCGAUUUCUCCCCUGAGGAAAGAGCCAUGUUUCUGAAGUUUGUCACCAGCUGCUCAAGACCUCCCCUGCUUGGAUUUGCCUACCUCAAGCCCCCUUUCUCCAUCCGCUGUGUGGAAGUAUCGGACGACCAGGACACGGGGGACACUUUAGGCAGCGUCCUGCGUGGCUUCUUCACCAUUCGUAAGAAGGAGCCAGGCGGCCGUCUCCCAACCUCCUCCACUUGCUUCAACCUUCUUAAGCUGCCCAACUACAGCAAGAAGAGCAUCCUCAGAGAUAAACUCCGCUACGCCAUCAGCAUGAAUACAGGCUUUGAGCUUUCAUAA